AUGGAGAGAAGAAAUCAAACUGUGUUGAAAGAGUUCAUCAUCUUGGGAUUUUCCAGCCUCCAGGAGAUGUGGCUAUCACUCUUCAGUGGGUUUUUGUUCACUUACCUCUUCACCCUAUUUGGGAACACCUGCAUCAUCAUCCUUGCGCUGGUGGACCAGAGACUCCACACUCCCAUGUAUUUCUUCCUUGGGAACCUGUCCUUUCUGGACAUCUGUUAUACCACCACGACCAUCCCCCAGAUGCUGGUUCAUCUCCUCUCAGAGAAGAGCAACAUCUCCUACACAGGCUGUGUGCUGCAACUUUACUUCUUCUUCUCCUUCGUGGGCACCGAGUGCCUCCUGCUGGCAGUGAUGGCCUUUGACCGCUAUGUUGCCAUCUGUAACCCGCUGCGUUACACACUGAUCGUCAACAAAAGCAUUUGCCUCCAGCUGGCAGCUGCCUCCUGGGUAAGUGGCUUCCUUAACUCUGCAAUACACACAGUCUUCACCUUCUGGUUACCCUUCUGUGGAGACAACCGUAUUGAUUACUUCUACUGUGAUAUCCCGCCGUUGCUGGAGCUGUCAUGUGGGGACACCUCUCUCAACAAACUUCUGUUGUUCUGCAUUGGCCUUUUCAUAGCUUGGACCCCCUUUGCCUGCAUUCUUCUAUCAUACACUUACAUUAUCUCAACCAUACUGAAGAUGCCUUCUUCCAAGGGGAAGAGGAAGGCAUACUCCACCUGUUCAUCCCACCUGACUGUGGUCCUUCUGGAUUAUGGCAGCUCUAUCUUCUCCUACCUGAGACCCAGUUCAAGUUACUCACCAAGUAGCGCCAGACUGAUCUCCGUAUUAUAUAGCAUCUUAACACCAAUGUUAAACCCCAUCAUUUAUACAAUGCGGAACAAGGAUGUGAAAGAAGCUUUGAAAUACGUGAUACAUAGGAUGUGA